UGCAGCUUUAAAACCUAUUUGGCGGAAGAGGAAGAAGAUUUCUGAUGUCAGCCCACUUGAUGAAGUGCGUUUCAUUUUCAUUGCACUCAGAGUUCAGAAGACGUCCCGAGAACAAUAGUGAUGAUGCGUAAAAUGGCAGCAACAAAUAUUUCCUAUAAGUUUGUUCUGUUCCUUCAACUUUUCAACCUUGCAGUGGCGAAACAAGGGUCCUGCUAUAACAUCAGUGUUUGGAACGUCGGAGUGUUCGUGGCUGCAGACGUGCUGCUGACACUCUGUCUUGUCAUCGCCACGUUUAUGUGCGCCGUUCGUCGCCGGAAGAGGAUAGCGUCCGACCAGAAAGUGUACAUGAAUGUCAGGCCACAGUUGAGAUCUAAGUGAGCGGUUUCAGAUGUUAUCCUGAAAGGUUGUUUCCUACAGAUCCAGAAAUCGAUCAAAUCUGUUCAUUUAAAUAUUAAAGCUUAGGUAAAUGUUUUUAUAUAUGUUUUAAAAAAGGUUGUCUUGGAAGUUUGUUUGCCGAUUGUUUUAAUGAGCAAAAAAGGUCAAUACACAUAGCUCAAAUAUGUAUGAAUUUAAGUGUAUUUUCAAGUCUCACAGUGAAACUUUGAAUACAGACCUUCAAUUUGUUUCAUCUCCUUGACUGAAUAAAACAACCCCGAAUUUGUACACGCUCUCCCAUUCUUCGCCACUCUUGUUGAGACUUAGCUGGCAUCAAUUUAAAUGUAAUUUGUGCUUUUAUUACAUUUGUGGCUGCAUUGGCUUUCUGGAUGUUUUAUUCUGCACUUUGAGCUAAUGAGAAUGCUUAAGUUAAAUUGAAUUUCGUGAAUGAGAAUGCAUCUUCCUAUGUUAGUUUUGAUUUAGCUAAUUAGCUUUGUGUAUGUCUACGAAUUCGAUCAUAGAUAUACAGAAGUAGAGCAGUAGACAUGACAAAAAACCUAGAUCUGGAGAAUUAGAGUAGUAGACAUUACAAAUAGAUCUGGAGAAGUAGAGAAGUAGACAUUACAAAAAACGUAGAUCUGGAGAAGUAGAGCAGUAGACAUCACAACAAAAAAAAGAUCUGAAGGAGUAAAGAAGUAGAUGCCACAACAAACAGAUCAGUAGGAGUAGAGCAGUGGACAUCACAACAGACAAGAAGUACAGUUGUAGACGUCACAACAAACCUAGAUCUGCAGCCAUGGGUAAACCAGAUCUCCUCUCCUCCACAAGGCUGGUGCAGCUGUGUAACUGUUUCAUAGCUGACUGGCUGCAGCCAAACAGACAGACACUGAAAGGCUGAUUCUUCUCUUCCCAUGUUAACACAGAAUUAGAAGGGAAGUUGGAUGUCAGGAUCUCCCUGGCUGGAUUUUAAACAUGGAUAACAGUUUGACAUUUUUGUUGGUAUUCUGUUUGUGGGCAUCCGUGGCCUACUGGUUAAGGAGUUGGACCAGUCACCGGAGGACGGCCGGUCCAAAUCCUGACUGGUCCAAAGAUGUGGACGGGGGGAGUAGCAGUCUCUCUCCUAUACCAUGCCUUUCGUGCCUUCUCCGAGGCACCUGAAACCUCCCCUGGUGCUGCACUGUGGCUGCCCACUGCUCCGCUUGUGCAUGUUUUCCGUUUCAUUUCCUUGAGUUUUGUUCACCUCACUUUACCGCUGAAAUGCCUGUUAUUGUGGAACUCUCUGAAUACAUUUGUAGAAAAUAAUAUAUAUCUUAAGGAUAAAAUUGAAGGAAAAAUAUGCAUGUGUAAAAAAUUCCUUCAGCUAUAUAUAUAUCAUAUUUAUAUAAAUGUUAUAUAUCGAUGUAAGACCCAUGUUAGUGUGACAUUAUCACACUCCUUGUGUCUCACCAAGUAUCAAGGGCUCCUAGUACCCAUACUAGGCCCCUCCUAUUCUAGGCCCCUCCAAGUAUGAGCCUAGUUUAUAAACAAGGCCCCUCCUAGUAUGAGCUUGAUAUAUAAACUAGGCUCCUCCUAGUAUGAGCUUGAUAUAUAAACUAGGAUCCUCCUAGUGUCCAUAUACUAUCUCUGGAUUCCAACUUGACUCUUCAGACCCACGAUAAGGGGCUCCGAGGGAAAUCGCCUGGGACGACCAGGGAUCUAGAUACAUAACAAAGUCUCCUAAUUACACCCUUAAAAACAUGUCUAAAACUCUUUGUGAUGCUAACUCCUUGAUCGACUGUAGCUCCUGCUCCCAGAUAGACAUGGGCUCUGUGACAUGGAUCCUCUCCUGUGAUAUCGCCCUGACCCUCCUCGUCUGUUUCUCCCUGCUCUGUUUGGUCCUCUACCAGAGGAAAAGAGGCAACCGUGAUUCCAAUAAUGGUAGACCGAAGCAAGCACCGUCAUUGGCAAAGAGAAAGAUGGCAGAGAUCCCUGAGUCUCCUUACCAGGAAUUGCAUGGAGUACAAGGCGAUGUGUACAGCAAUCUGGAAGAAUUAAGAAAAUAAAACAAAUUCCAGCAUAAUCUCACUUCAAUGAAAGAUUCACACUUUAUACGGCUUUCUGAUUGGUCAUACAUUGUAUACAUUGUGUUUUGUUUUUAUAUUCCUUCCUGGUAUUGUAUCAUUUAGCAUUGUUUUUUGUAAUUUCUUUUUAUUUCAUAAUUCAUGAGGCUAAUGAUUUUUUUCUACCCGAGAAAAAUACAUUUUAAACCUUUUUUUCUUUCUUUGUCCUUUUGAGACAUAUCUGCAGUAGAACAUGAACAGAUGGAUUUCAGAUUUUGAACCAUCAAAACCUAUAAAACCCGACCAGUGAAUCACAUUAUUGCUAAUACAAAUGUCCUGUUACAAUAACUUCUGCAAAAAGACCUUUCUACGUUUUUGUAUUCAUGCUAUACACUCAGAAAAUAAAAUAGUUUUUUUAGUAAGCAAA